AUGCCGCCGAUGGUGAACAUCGAACCCACAACCCUUGGCUUUGCGGCCAGUGGCCGUCUCUGCAACGCGGAGGCGCUGCCGUCCGUGCAGGACGGGCGCCUGCUGUACGAGGGGCCGCACUUCGUGACGGAGCCGCCCGGCCUGGUGCGCUUCACCAACAGCACGGGCGCGCGGCUGGACUGCCGCGGCGGCGGCACGCCGCCCGUCGACGUGCGCUGGACGCUCGACUCGGGCGACCCCGUCGCGUACGUGCCGGGGGUCAGGGAGUCCCUGCCAAACGGCAGCCUACUGUUCGCGCCGUUUCCGGCGCGGCUGUUCCGGCGAGACGUACACGGCGGCCGCUAUCGCUGCGUCGUCUCCAGCAGCCUGGGCCGCGUCGUGAGCAGGACGGUCCGCCUGAGGCCAGUUGUUUUGCAGAGCUACCGUGUUACGGCGCGAGACGGCCGGGCCCCUCCGGGACAGAGCGCUCUGCUCACCUGCCACGUGCCGGACCACGUGCGCGCCACGGUCCAGAUCACCUCUUGGAGUGUCAAUGGGGCGCUCAACGUCUACCCAACGCUGAUGGGAGAUGACAAGUACCACAUGCUGCCGUCUGGGGAGCUGAUCGUCCGUGACGUCACCCACGAUGACGUCAUGGGCCGCUACUUGUGCAGGACGGUUCAUAUGAUGACGGAUGAACACGUCAUUAGCGAACGACUGGCCACCGUUAUUGUCGAAGAGCCAAAGCCGGCCGGCCGCCCGCCACGGAUCGUGGCCUCGUCGGCGGCGCUGCACGUGCGGGAGACGGAUGAUGCAGUUCUUUUCUGCGUGGGCCACGCUUCCCCAACCGCUCCCGUGAUCAGCUGGUCGCGGCGGAGGUCGCUGGCGGCUGACCAGCCGGCGGUGGAGCCGCUCGGCGCUGGCGGUGACGUCACGCCUGCGGGUGCGCUGCUGGUGAUCCGGAGUGCGCGGCCCCGUCACACCGGCUGGUACUCCUGCCGGGCGGAGAGCCCCGCCGGCCAUGCCACCGCUGACGUCUUCUUGGAGGUGCAGAUGAUACUGUCGGUGAGCGUCUCGCCGGCGCGGGUGACGGUAAACCGCGGCGGCACGUUCCGCCUCACCUGCACGGCGCCCCGACCCGCCUCUCUGCUCUGGCUGCGGGACGGGGCACGCAUCGACACCGGCCGCCACCUCUCAGUCGCGCAAGAAAUGACAAGUGACCUGCAGGUGUCCCGGCUGGAGGGGGCUGACAUGAAACAGUCGGCGCAGGGCAUGUACCAGUGCUUCGCCUCCAGCAAGUUUGACUCAGUUCAGGCCGCCGUCCAGGUGCUCCUCGGAGACUCGCAUCCCGUUCUGCUGGAGAAGUUCAUCAACCACACGGUGCCGCCGUUCGCCGCCAUUUCCCUCCGAUGCGUCGCGAACGCCUCGCCAACGCCGCAGAUCAGCUGGCUUCUGGACGGCUACCCGCUGAGCCCCGACCACAGGCGGCUCAUCGGCCAGUACGUCAGCGCCAACAAUGACGUCAUCAGUCACGUGAACAUCAGCUCGGCAAUGCCGGUGGAUGGUGGAUGGAUCACGUGUCGCGCCGCCAACCGAUUCGGAGCUGUCCAGCACGCGGCCCGCCUUAACAUCUACGGCAAGCCGCAGGUCAGACCAAUGCCGGAGGUUUUGGCGGUGGCCGGCGAGUCCCUUCUGCUGACCUGCUCUGUCGGAGGUCACCCCAUCCACGAGAUUACAUGGAGCCAAGAUGGUCGGCGGCUGCCGGUCGGCCGUGAGCAGCGGGUGUUCGCCAACGGUUCGCUGCUGCUGGAGCGGGUGCAGAAGUCGAGCAGCGGCGGCGGGUACAGCUGCACUGCGCGCGGCGCUGGCGACGCCACGUCCACGGGCAACGUCAACGUCAAGGUUAUCGUGCCGCCGUCCAUCCGGCCCUUCCUGCUCGGUAACUUCUCGGCCGGGGAGCGGGCGCAGGUGCUGUGCUUCAUAAAGAGCGGUGACAGCCCGCUCACACUGACCUGGCUGCGCGACGGCCGGCCAGCUGGCCGACCCUGA